UGGGAAAGAACCACUUUCGUGCUGUACGCGCUGUCCUUUUGAGUGACAGUUAAGGGACCCAAUGGCAUAAGGCAACAUCGUCGAUGAGGAGCGGGAUCUCCGGUUGCGUUUCUCCUGCCCCGAGCCCGCCUGCUCCGUGGCGCUCCAGAUACAGGGAGGGGGCUGUGGUGUGCCGAGGCCAUGGCUUGGCCUGCGACCUCGCUGCCCACCGACAAGUCUCGGUUCAUUUGUAUAUAUCCAGCCUACAUAAAUAACAAGAAGACAAUAGCAGAAGGAAGAAGAAUUUCUCUUGAUAAAGCUGUUGAAAAUCCUACAUCUACAGAAAUCCAAGAUGUAUGUGCAGCAGCUGGACUUAAUGUUCUUUUGGAGAAAAACAAAAUGUAUCCCAGAGAGUGGAACCGUGAUGCUCAGUAUAGGGGCAGAGUGCGGAUUCAGCUGAAGCAGGAAGAUGGCAAUCUGUGUUUUCCUCAGUUUCCAACACGUAAGGCAGUGAUGCUUUAUGCAGCAGAAACAAUCCCCAAACUGAAAACAAGGACACAAAAAAUGGGUGGUAGUGACCAAAGUCUACAGCAAGGAGAAGGGGGCAAAAAAGGCAAAGGGAAAAAGAAGAAAUGAGUGGCUGGCACUAGAAGAACAUGAAUGGAUUGGGGCAAAAUAACCAGGGAGGCUUCUGACCUGAAGAUGGAAAAAAACAAGCAAGAACUGCUGAAGCUUCUUUGUAGACAAUGACCAAACUGGAACAAUAAUUUACAUAUUUUGUGUUACAGAUGAUCUGAAAGCCAGAACAUCAGCUUUUUCAAUCCAGAGUAUGAAAAAUGAGCAUCUUGUCUAUUUUUAGUGUAAAAAAAAAAUCAAAAUUUAAAACUGGAUGCUGCUAAUGCUCAAAGCUAGUGGAACAGUCCAAUCUAUAUUGGUAACAGUGAUGCUGGGCAAGUGUUAUGUUGCACUUCUAAACUGAGUUUCAUUUAUUGUUUAAAAAUAAAGGAAAUGCCUGCCAUUUGGAACCUAAUAAAACCAUCAUUUUAAUAAACUCCAGACAGUUAGCAAAAUCAGGGUCCUGUGUCACCUUAAAAGUCUAGCUCCUUUUUAUGCUAGCAAAUGCUUUGGACUAGAACUCACUGCGUUGGAUGAAGUGGGCUCAAAUCCAUGAAAUCUUCUGCUAGCAUAACAAUGAGUUAAGUCUUUGAAGUGCUGGAAGACUAGUUUGUUUUCAGUCAGUAAGUUAAGCUGAUGCGUAACAUUUGAUUUAUGUACUGCUCUUCAGGACAACUAAAUUCCCACUCAGAGCGGUUUACAAAGAAUAUUAUUAACCCCACAACAAAACACCCUGUGAGGUGGGUGGGGCUGAGAGAGCUCCAGAGAGCCGUGACUAGCCCAAGGUCACCCAGCUGACUUCAAGUGGAGGAGUGGGGAACCAAACCGGGUUCUCCAGAUUAGAGUCCCACACUCUUAACCACUACACCAAGCUGGCUCUCCAAUGUACAUUACAGUAGAUCAAUUUCUGGCUACAUCUAGAUGGGUCUGAAUAACAAGAUUUAAAUCCUGUGUUCAUCUGUCUCUGUUCUAGUUGUAUAUAACUUGCAUGUUCAGUGUGAGCUGUAAUGCUGCAGUUAGUGAAAUACCAGCAUUCUGUGGUACUCAGAAAUUUAUCCCACGUGUGAAAAUGUUGAUAGUAACCCUAAAACAAUUGCUGGGAACUUAUGUUGAUGUUUCCAUCAUCAUAUUCCUAAUGGUUUAGCAUAUUUGCCUUCUUAUUUUUUUAAGACUAUGGUUACUACUGUUUCUUUUUUUAAUUUUUUUUUGAAGUUUUCAAUUUUAACACCCAAAGAAGAAGGAAAACACAGCAACAUACUACUGUUUCUUAACAUAGAUUACAAGUGGUCUACAUGCUCAUGCAUGUAGCUUAAAAGUGGUCUGCAUGCUCCUCUGCUACCUAAUUUGCCCAAAUAUUUAUUGGUCAAGGAUACUAUGCAAGUGAACACCAGGAUGGAAAGCAGCUGCAGCUCUUGCGCGUUCUGAGAAUAGGCUAGAUAGACAGAUUUACUGUCUGAGCCCACAUGGAAGCUAACAGAAAGCUUGUCUUAAUGUGAAGCCAAGUGUUAUAAGUGACUGAAGCUUCUACUUCAUGCACAUCUCCACUGACUGGUAUUUCUGAUUUUAAUAAAUGCUGUCAAAGUUUGAGCUGUAAGUCAAGUAAAGGCUACACAAAGAAAGCCAAAGACCACCUAAAUGCUACAUUGCUAUAAAUGUAUAUAGCAUGAUACAGGAUAAAAUGCUCUCUUAAAAGAAGAUGGUUGAUAUUGAAGUCUACUGGAUUAAAGGGCUGCCUUGCAAAAUAUA